CUGUGUAGCUUUUGACUAAAAGUUAAAACGCAAGUACUUUGGCCAUAGUGACCAUGGAAGAAUUGGGAGAUGGCAAAGAGGAAGAAGGAAAAAAGAUACUCCAUACAUAUCCUUUAGUAAAAAUUUGUGAUAUGUCUGAAGAAAUGAAAGCCGAAGCGAUCGAAGUAAUCAUAACGGCUUGUGAAAAAUUUGGAAACGACUACUAUGCGGCUGCUAAAACAAUCAAACAAAUGAUGGACAAAAAAUACGGUCCUCAAUGGAAUACAAUCGUCGGAGAAGCUUAUGGCAUACAAAUGACACAUCAGACGAAAACUUUAAUAUAUAUGUUUUUUGGUGGCAAUUUGGCUAUUUGCGCUUGGAAGAUUUAAUCAACGCUUUUUUCUUGAACAUUUUUCUUUUUGAAAAAUAUAACUUUCAAAAUGUCAACGUAUAAGCAUUGUAUGACUAUCAUAUUAUAAAGUAAUUAUCAUACACAUGUUACAUUUGUCCAGCAUAA